UUUUAACAGUUUGGCGGUAGCGAAAUUUUAAAAGUUGCAUUUUUCGCAAAUCGCUGUAUCAGUUGGCUUGAUUAAUAAUAUUUUUCGUUAUCAUUACAACAAAUGUGUAUGUGGUAUGCAAUUGAUUCGAAAUUAUUGAUUUAUACUUUACAAAAUGUCUAGGGAUAUAAGAUCAUUUUUUUCGUUGAAAAAAGAAAAGAAAACAAAAGACGAGGACAGUGAUGUGAUACCUGAGUCACCAGAUGUCCAAAUCACACAAAAGAAAAAACAAAAUAGAAAAAGACGUCAAAUCAAAGAUGACUCAGAUGAAGAAAUAUUUACACCGCAAAAGAAAAAAGUAACACCCGCAAAGCCUGAACUGAAAGAAGUGAAACCUACUGAAUUAUUUGGUAGUGUACCAAUUAAAAGAACUGAACCAUUAGUUAAGAAAUCAAAGAAAAAGACGGAAACUGGAAUUCAUUCAGAUGAAGAGUUUGAAAACAGCUUGUUACAAAUUGAUGAAGUUAAUGUCAUUGAAAAUCAAACAAAAUCACCGGAAACAAAAGCAAAUAAAAUAAACAAUGAAACUGAAUAUAAUGAAAAAAAAUCUAUUAAAAAUCAUGACCAUAUUGAUGGUGAAAACAAAGUUAACUCAAUAAGUAUAAAUGACAAUAAAGCUUCGACAAGCAAAAGAAAAUUAGAUAGAAGCAAUAUUGAGGAUGGAAGUCAAAUUGAAUUGAUAACCCAAAAACAAGAGAAGACAAAAAAGGAUUUUAGCGAAUUUAUUGACAAUGAAGAACAUCAUGACAGUAAUGAAAAAAUAAACCAGCCCAAAGCAAAGAAACGAAAAAUGGAUAACAGCCUUAAUGAAUCUGUUCUUACAGAUGAAGAAAGACACGAAAGAAAACGAUAUUCGGCAGGCUUAUAUCAGAAAUAUUUAAACAGAUCAGGACCUAAGCAUUUAGGAUCCAAAGAAAUGCCGGAGGGGUCACCGAAUUGCUUAAAAGAUUGUGCGUUCUUAUUAACUGGUGUUCUGGACUCAUUCGAACGUGAUGAGGUAGUCGAAGCCAUAACAAAGUACGGCGGCACUAUCAAAAGUGGUAUCAGUAAGAAGGUGACACAUGUCUUGGCAGGCGAAGACGCCGGUCCAGCGAAGUUAGCCAAAGCACAGGAUCUCGGUAUCAAAGUUCUCAGUGAAGACGAGUUCCUAGCUAUGAUCAAGGAUUCAAAAGCGAAGAAACAUUCUAAAGAAGUAAAGAAGGAACAAAAUGACGAUAAAAGGGAUAAAAAAUCGAACGAUACCAAAAAUGAAUCAAGUGCCACAAUCAAGAAAACUCCUUUAAAAAAAGAAAAGGACAAUCAAAUAAUUGUUAGUGAUAUUAAGAAGGAAAUUGUUUCUCCAACAACAACUAAGAACAAGAGCGAUAAAGUGAAAUCUGAAGAUAACAAAUUGCCGGUUAAGUCAGAGAGUAAAGAUAAAGGUGAAAUUAAAAAAGCAAGCAGUUCCAUUGACAAUUCAAAUACGCUGAUGUGGGUUGAUAAAUACAAGCCUCAGAAUUUGAAACAGAUUAUAGGACAACACGGGGAGGCCAGCAAUGCUAGUAGGUUACUAAGGUGGUUAACAAAAUGGUAUGCAAAUAGGAAAGCAAAACUACCCAAGCCAAAUCCGUGGGUGAAAAAUGACGACGGCGCUUACUAUAAGGCUGCCUUGUUAUCCGGACCGCCCGGUGUAGGUAAGACAACAACAGUGGCGCUGGUUUGUAAGGAGCUAGGAUACGACGUAGUCGAGUUCAACGCUUCGGAUACGAGAAGCAAGAAUCUUAUCAAGGAACAGAUUUCGGAACUGUUGACGUCCACUUCUCUCUCUGGUUAUGCUAAAGGUAAUGCGGGUAAAGGAGCCGUGUCGAAAAAACAUGUACUCGUCAUGGACGAAGUGGAUGGUAUGGCUGGAAAUGAAGAUAGAGGUGGUCUCCAAGAGUUGAUAUCGCUGAUAAAGUCGACGUCGGUGCCGAUAGUGUGCAUGUGCAACGACAGGAACAGUGAGAAGAUGCGCACGCUCGUCAACUACUGCUAUGACCUGCGGUUCUGCCGGCCGAGAGCCGAUCAAAUUAAGGCGGCGAUGCUGUCGGUGUGCUUCCGCGAGGGCCUGAAGCUGUCGGCCGACGCGCUGGCGCAGCUCAUCGCGUCGGCGCGCCAGGACGUGCGCCAGACGCUGCACCGCCUCGCGCUGCUGGCGUGCGGCCCCGCGGCCCCCGCGCCCCCCGCGCCCCGCGCCGCCGCCACGGACGUCCGCAUCGGGCCCUGGGAGGCUAUCCGCAAAGUGUUCAGUGCCGAGGAACAUAAGACAAUGAGUAUCCAUGACAAAAGCGACCUGUUCUUCAGCGACUACAGCAUCGCGCCGCUCUUCGUGCAGGAGAACUACUUGAACGUGUACCCGCACUGUCCUAAGCAUGAAGUCCUAGAACGAAUAAGCAAAGCUGCCGACAGUAUAAGCAUCGGUGAUAUGGUCGAGGCUAAAAUACGCGGCCAGCAGGCCUGGAGCCUGCUGCCAUUGCAGGCAAUGUACAGCAGCGUGAUACCAGGAUCAGUUCUGGAAGGUAAUCUAUCGUCGCAGAUACAGUUUCCAUCGUGGCUCGGGAAAAACUCUAGGAAGAACAAAAUGCAUCGACUCUGCCAGGAAAUACAUGCGCAUACCAGACUAAGUACAUCUGGUUCAAAAUCAUCAAUCUUCCUCGACUAUGCGUACUAUCUCCGAGACGCAGUGGCGACUCCAUUGAUCAAGGAAAAGACAGAAGGCAUUGAAAAGUCUAUGGAAGUGUUGGAAUCAUACCAUUUGCUGAGAGAAGAUUUGGACUCGCUGGUUGAGCUAUCUUUGUGGCCGGGGCAAAGAAAUCCCAUUAAUAUGAUUGAUACUAAGGUAAAAGCGGCAAUGACGCGCACAUACAAUAAAAAGGCGACAGCGUUGCCAUAUGCUCCGGCCGCUGUGAAGAAAGGACGAGCACAAGAUAACGAAAAUUCUCAAGAGGACUAUGACGAUGAUCCAAUAGACAGUGAUCCUGAAAAUGAUACACUUAUUAAAAAAAAGAAGAAUAAAGAUGUGGAAAAGCCUAGCAACAGUAAAAAAGGAAAAGGUAAACAAACUGAAAAAUCCAGUCCAAUUAAAGGUACGAAAGAAAAAAAGAGUGCUACAAAAAGUACAAAGAAGAGCCCGAAAAAAAAGAAAUAAAAUAAUGUUCAGUAUUCACAUGUUCACCGAUCUUGUUGUAAUUUUAAAUAAAUGUUUUAUUUUUAA